AUGGCCCGUUUAGCGCUCUCGUGGCGGAUUGGCGGAUUGUCGUGGGAUUUUUUUUUUUUGGUUCUGCUCGUAACAACAGUCGCCCAGUCUGAUAGUACCUCCAGCUUCGGGUUCGACUCGGCCAAUUCGUGCAGCCCGAACGGUAAAAUAUCUAGGCGUGGGCGGGCCCAGAUGCUUGCGGCUAUACCAUGCGACCUGGCCAAGCAGCCCUUCUGCCACCUGCCAGGAUCUAUUUAUCCCUGGCACGCCGUACGCCGGUUUGUGCACGAGAAUCAGGGCCUGAUGAAGCGCAUGUAUGGAGACGUACGGCACAUUUCCAUCCUACGCGAUGAGAUUCAAAACGAAGAGGUGGCCGAUAUGGACAGCAUGGAUGAUGCAACACAGCGCUAUUCCAAGACGCCUCGUGGCGCCAAGUAUAUGUUGCAUGGCAGGGAGAGCAAUCGGGAUGAAUUUGGCAACUACAAGAGCAACGACGUGCUCAUGGAGCCGCAUUUUCGACCAGUAUCCACAGCCAGCACAACAACUACACCAACGACAACCGCAGCGCCAACGUUAUCGACUGCACCCACGCCUAGUUCCUCCAACUCGAAGACAUCGAGUGCCCCGACAGAAGUUGUAUUUGUACAUCCGGAUGGUGAGCAGCCAAGUCUAGACUCGAACAGCGUUUACGAUGUGAUGAACACUACGGCAGCAACAGGUACAGCAGAACGCCCACAAGGAACGGCCAUAGACGGCGCAGAUGACAAAAUAAAUACCAUUGACAAACCACAGCUGGAACUUGUGCAGGAAGUAGACGAGGGCCUACGCAAUCUGAGCAUCGCUUCUGUUCCGGUGACGCCUGCAACAAGCACAACAGCUGCAUCUCAGCUCAGCGCAGCGGUACCCAUUCGCAAGCAAAGUCCCAACGAGAGUGACACGUCGAAAAUGUCUGCAGGAGCAGCAUCCGAUAAGGCAACACAAACAAACACGACGCCAACUUCAAUAGCACCUCUACCAAAGCUCAGCAACAACAGCACCACGACGGCCGCCUUGGUCCCACGCAGAAAUGUGACCAAGACGAUAUUGGGAACUACAACACCCGUCAGCUUUGCCUCGCUCUUCUCGCCUACACUCGCGGCGUUUACUUCUGACAAACAGCGGAAGCCGCUUACAGCCAGCAGCACAGCCGCGCCUACUAGCUCUACGAAAUCUGGACUAUUGCGGGAAGGACAGCUUUUCCAGGAUGCCAUGAAGCAGGAACCGAUGGCGGUCAGCAGUAAUAUGCGGGGAGUCAAUGCUUGUCCUGUGAAGGACGAAGUGGUUGCCCCAUUCUGGGCGAAUAACACGCGUGGCGAAGUACUGGCUCUGCUUAACUUGUACCCCUUUGAGCAGUACGUGCACUGGGAGAAAUGCACACACGAGUUCAAGCAGAUGUUCUGCCGCGACGGCUGUCGUUGCGAGCAGCAGUACCGGCUCCAUCGUCUGCUGGCCUACGACCCUCACAACGAGUGCCGCGGCAUCUUCUCCGACUGGUUUCGCUUCCCCUCCAGCUGUAUAUGCAAGUGCUAUAAUAUACCACUGGACUUUCGUGCAACGUCGCGCAGUCCGCGCUCCGAGAACAGCUUUAAUGCACCACAGUCGUUGCCUCAGUCGUAUCUAGAUGCCAUUGAGGUGGCCGAGACGGAGGUGCAGCGGGCUAUCUACGAGCAUGCUACCGAUCAAUGGUAUCGGCCACGCGAUGAGUUUGAUUUCUUCGAGGGUUAGUUAUGAAAACUCGAAAAAUUGCAACCCUAUCAGAAGAAUGCUUUGGACUAGUCCCUCUAAU